AAGCAACAAGUGAGCGAGCUACCUACAGCCAGCUAACAGCUAACAAGUAAAACCAAGUGUUAUAUCCAAGUAUCAACCUUUCAAGAUCCCCAUCAAGAUGCGUUUGGGACAGACUGUACCUAACUUCAAGGCCGAAACCACCAAGGGCCCCAUCAACUUCCACGAGUGGCAGGGUAACCAGUGGGUGGUUCUCUUCUCUCACCCCGCCGACUUUACGCCCGUUUGCACCACCGAGCUGGGCAGAAUCGCUGUCCACCAGCCGGAGUUCGCCAAGAGAAACACCAAAUGCCUGGCGCACUCUGUGGACGCCCUUAACUCCCAUGUGGACUGGGUGAACGACAUCAAGAGCUACUGCCUGGACAUUCCCGGGGACUUCCCCUACCCGAUCAUUGCUGACCCAACCAGGGACCUGGCUGUCAGCCUGGGCAUGCUGGAUGAGGAGCAGAAGCGCGAUCCCGAGGUGGGCAAGACCAUCCGUGCCUUGUUCAUUAUUAGCCCGGACCACAAGGUGCGCCUGUCCAUGUUCUACCCCAUGUCUACGGGCCGCAAUGUCGAUGAGAUCUUGAGGACCAUCGACUCGCUGCAGCUGACUGAUCGCCUUCAGGUGGUGGCCACUCCCGCCAACUGGACUCCCGGAACUAAGGUCAUGAUCCUGCCCAGCGUCACCGAUGAAGAGGCCCACAAGUUCUUCCCCAAGGGCUUUGACAAGGUCUCCAUGCCCUCAGGAGUCAACUAUGUUCGCACCACAGAAAACUAUUAGUUAUUUCAAGCUAUUUGCAAUAUUCAGCUUUAGCUAUGUGCCACAAAAAAUUUAUUACUAAACAAAACAGGUUUUAUAAUAAUUUUUUUUUUUAGAAAAUGUAGCUUUGUUAGCACAUUUUUUGAGUAGUUUACAAUUUUUGGUCUUGAGUCAGCUGUUUAUGAAGUUACUGAAAAUUAUAAGAAAUUGUAGGAAAAAUGUAAACAGUUAAAAAAUUAAAAUUUUUGAAUUUGAGAGAGCUUAAGAGCUGCUACUCUUUAUGUUCAAAUCGUUAGGUUGUUGUUAUUAAUCAGGUUAAGUCUUUGAAAACUUGUUUAAAUUUCUUCGCUUUUUAAAGUUGAAGCUGAAAACUAGAUAUAAAUAUAUGAUUUUAUUAAUCUAGUUAUCCUGAAAUAAACACGAAACAUUCGUACAAAAUUUAUACAUUUUAAUAAGGUCGUUAAAAACAUAUUAAAUUUUCUUGGUUUUUAAAAUUUAAGACUCUCUCAGAAACUUAUAUAUAAAAAAAGAUUAAAUUAUAUAAUUAUCCUGAAAUAAAAACUAAAUAUUCAUAUAAAAUGUAUAAUAUUAACUAAGAAGAUUUAAUUGAUUCAUUCUUAAUUAUAAAUUUAUUUAUAAAGCUUUUCUUGUUACCCAUUUUUAAAUUCCUAAUUUUUUGAGUUUAAAGUACUAUCGUCACUUUUAUCUUACAAUUUAAAAAGCAGUUUUUCUUUGAUAUAUGUUUGUAUCCUUUACAAUUGUUGUUAUUAAAGAUAAUUAAUUUUUUUUAUAUCUUAAUAAAUUGCAAUAACCAUGGCGGUUAUAAAAUAUAGUUGUCUGAUUCAGAGCCGUCUUAUAUACGACUUAUUUAAUCUUUAUUUCAUAUGUAUUCUGUAUUCUGUUUUUCAUAUUUUUGUUUCACCUUAAGAUUUUCUUAAUUUAUUGAAUAAGAUAUCCUAGACCAAAACUAUGCCCUCUCUUUAAGCACAUAUUCAUAAAUACAUUUAUAGUUGUCAAUUUAAAUUACCAAUCAAUAAAUAACUGAUAAUAAUUCCCCA